GUUGGUGGUUUAUCUGCCGUAAAAUAAUUAUAAGUUUCUAGCCCUAAAUCCAAGGUGUUAUUUAAACGUCGUUUAAAAAAAAUUUCGACUGGAGAAAUUAAAUAGAAAUUUAAAAAUUAAUAUGGCGUGUAUUAUAAAGCAAUAUGCCUUGGAGCAUAAAGCUUGGACUAAAGUUUUACCAUAUUUUACCUUUCAAUAUAACAAUAGUUACCAUACUUCUAUUGGAACUUCUCCAGUCGAAAUUUUUUUUAAACGACGUUUAAAUAACACCUUGGAUUUAGGGCUAGAAACUUAUAAUUAUUUUACGGCAGAUAAACCACCAACACAUGAAGAGGUUAAACAAGCAUUAGUUAAAAUGAAUCAAAUUAUAAAUAAACGUAAAGGUAAUACUGUAGAUGUUAAAUACAGGGUGGAUCAGAUAGUCUGUGUGAAGCUUCCUAAGUAUCGUGCGACCUUUGAUACUGACAGUAAAUUUCAACCUAGAUAUUCAGGUCCAAAAAGAAUUUUACGUUUUACUGGACCAGUGUCGGUCGAGCUUUUUGACGAGAAUGAUAAUACUUUAUCUCGUGUGCAUGUUAGUCACCUGAAGCCCUAUCAACCACAAAUAGUGCAAAAUUAAUUUUUUUUUUUUUCUUCUCUCCUCU